UUCACGCGCCUUCCUCUUCCCUCCCAUUCCACUUUCCCCCAAAAAUUAAAGCAAUAAAAAAAAACCCCUAAAAGCCAAUCCUCACCGUGGAGAGACUCACACCACGACGAGCUCCUAACCGCGAAACAUCCAAUAUCUCUAUCGCCACGCCCCUGGGAUUCGAUGUUUACUAUUACAUCGUAAAGACAUUAACCUUCGAGCGUGUUUGAUUAGGUGUAAGAUUUGAUCAAACGAACAUCAGAUUCUGGAAAUGGCGAAAGUAGUUGCUCCUGGUGCUUCUCUUCAAAUGAAUGGAGUGUCAAACGCUAAGAGGAAGACUCCUGUUGAAUUAAGAGGAGAACAAUUGAAGCGGACUUGUUUCGUGGACCAAGCUAAAGAGUCUUUUGAUGCAUUGCGUCCUUGCAAAAGUACUGAGAAGGGAAAUGGGCUUAAGAAUCCGAAGUACAUUGAGAUGCGUUUGAAUGAGCUGUAUCCUGUCAAAAAGGCUCGGACUUGGAUGCCAUCUGGCAAAGAAAACUCCAAGGAAAAUGGUGUGAAGGAGCAGUUCAGCAACCUAUUGAAUGUUUCUUUACUCUCAAACGUUGCUGCCAUCAAAAGACAACAACUUACUCGUGAUGAGAAUAAGGCUUCUACUGGAGUUUCUGAUGAUGCUAACACUGGAGCUCGUCAAACAAAUGAGAGGUGCAGCCAGAGCGUAUUUCGCAGUGUCACAGAACUGUCAAAAAGGGGUGAAGAGUUAUCCUCCUUGCCAGAUAUUGAUAUGAGCCAAGUACUGAAAGGACUUGCCACUUGCAAACCAUUGCCUGUUUGUCCUGGUGACAUAAGUGAGAAAUCUGAUACUGUUUCGCUCAGUGGAAAUUUCGUGCCUGAGUUUCAUGUUCCUGGGCGAGAGAUUCCGCUGGACCUUUCCAUGAAAACUUAUGUUCGACUUGUUUCCUCUUCUUCAUUAAAUUGGUUACAUAGGUCAAUCUUGGCGAGCACAUACAAUGGUAUGCCGCAGCUAAAGUCGCUGCCUUGUAAUGUGGUAAACCAAGAUAACAGUAGUGGUUCUGGAUCAGAUGUGGUUUGCCAGGUGUUAAAUUCCAUGUCGCUGCACUCAUGGGUUUACCCCCAGUCUACCUUGCCACCUUCUAUGAUUUCAGCAUAUUUAUCAUCUGGGCCAGGCGAAGGUGGUUUCCUACAACAGCGACAAGUGGCAUGGGAAGAUGCUUUUCGAAGUUUAUAUUAUAUGUUUCGGAAGAAUCUCUGCAAAAUAUUUUAUGUUUGUACUUCACAGUUUGUGGCAAUGUUCACUGGAAGCUGUGAGUCAGGAGGUGUCAAACGCUCAUGCAAUGCCUAUAUCACUCAGUCAACUAGAAGAUUGAGAGCCACGCUUAAAGACCUUGACAUAUGCUACUCAAUGCCUCUUUGCAAAACUAAAAUGGAUGAGACCAGUGUUGAAGAUCUUGCUGAACUUUCAGAGAUAGAGAAUCAUAACCUUGGCCAGAUGCAGACUCGUCGUUUGCGUUCCGUCUCAAACAUAGAUAAUACUCCAGAAUCUUUCUUGGCUUUUGACGGAAAUGAGAGCGUACAUGGAUUGUAUGAUCUUCUGCUGACUUAUAGGUCGUCUUUGGGUUUUCUUCUCACCGCAGACGUUCCUGUAUUGUAUUCACCAGUACCGUUUCAGAAUGCUGCAGUAUCUUCUCCUAAGAUCGACUGCAAGGAGAUUGUUACAGCAGAAUGUACAAGUUGCUAUAUGGUCGAGGCUAAGGGUGAAUUUCUCCCGCCAUGGAUUAUUAGCAAUAUUUGUGCACACGUGAUUGCUAAUGGACAGAACUUCGAAGCCAGCUUUGUGACUGAGCCAACAUCAGCUAACUUAAACAUGGGGCUGCCUCAAAUCCCUGAUAAGACCGAGCCUGAGUCUCCAGCCACCGAAGGCACAGGAGAAACAAACGAUGCUGCGUCUAACAUUCCCGGAACAGUGAUCUGCCCUCAGCUUCGAUCAGGCCAUCUAAAGAGCUUGAAGUAUUGCAACAACUCUUACACUGUUUCGCUGUCUCCUUCGUAAUCUGUAUUUGCUUCGAAUCCUCAGUUUCCAGGUUCUCAUCCUUAUAUGUAUGAGCACGAAAUCAACUUAUCAACCUAAUCUUUAUUUUUAAUUUGCAUUUUAGCUGAACAUAUUUUGAUGCAAUGUUUAAGCAACCGUUUGGUUUGAUUCAUGGUUUUAUUCAUGCAUAAUAGAGUGACUUUUUC